UUGAUUAAAGUUUUUUUAAUAAAUACCCUUUGAAAAGUCUUCUGCUAUUGCCUAUUGGCGUGUUUUGACUUUGAAAAACUCAAAUCUCCAACUCAUAUAUAUACCACAACCAAAUACUCUAAUUUUUCAAACCAAUUCACUACUCAUCUAAAGUCUCAACAAAUCAAAGAUUCCUCUAAUUUUUUUUGUCAUAUUUGCAAAAUUUCCUAUAAGAUUGAUCUCCUUCUUUGAUUAAUCUUGAAGUUUUCCAAAAAUAUACAAAUGGAAGAAAUUCAAAUACCUCCUUAUUUUAUUUGUCCGAUUUCAUUGGAAAUGAUGAAAGAUCCUGUCACGAUCUCAACUGGGAUAACAUAUGAUCGGGAAAACAUCGAGAAAUGGAUAUUUUCUGCAAAGAACAACACUUGUCCGGCUACGAAACAAGCUCUUACAUGCAUAGAGCUGACCCCAAAUGUUACUCUUCGACGAUUUAUCCAAUCGUGGUGUACUCUUAAUGAGUCACAUGGUAUUGAAAGGUUCCCUACACCAAAACCCCCGGUUAGCAAACCACAAAUAAUAAAGCUUCUAAAAGAAGCGAAAUCGCCUAAAUUGCAAAUGAAAUCUCUCAAGAGACUUAGAUCCAUAGCUUCUAAGAAUGAUGCUAACAAACGUUGCAUGGAAUCCGCGGGGGCAAUGGAGUUCUUAGCUUCUAUUAUUAAUAAAAAUUCGAGUGAAGUGUUUGAAGAAGAAGAGGGUAUCAUGAGUAUUAAAGACGAAGCACUUAGCAUCCUCUAUCAACUCAAAUUAUCUGAAAAUGGAUUGAGGUCACUCAUCUUGAGUGGAAAUGGAGAAUUUAUCGAGUCAUUGACACGUGUCAUGCAACAUGGAAGCUAUGAAUUUAGGGCUUACACGGUUAUGUUAAUGAAAGACAUGUUCGAGGUAUCCACACCAACUCUACUUUUGAGUUUGAAGAAAGAAUUCUUCACACAAGUUGUUCAAGUCUUGAGGGAUGAGAUCUCUCAAAAGGCUAUGAAAGCAUCAUUGCAAGUGCUAGUGCAUGCGUGUCCAUUUGGGAGGAAUAGAGUGAAAGUAGCAGAAGCAGGAGCAAUUAGGGUUUUGAUUGAUCUUCUGCUUGAUUCAUCUGAGAAGAGGGUUUGUGAAUUGAUGUUAAUUUUGUUAGAUCAAAUUUGUCAGAGCGCAGAAGGGAGAGCUGAGCUAUUGAAUCACCCCGGAGGGUUAGCUAUUGUGUCCAAGAAAAUACUUAGGGUUUCGAAAGUUGGGAGUGAAAGGGCAAUCAAGAUCUUGCAUUCAAUCUCAAAGUUUUCAUCAACACCAAGUGUUGUUCAAGAGAUGUUGAGUUUGGGUGUGGUAGCAAAGCUUUGUUUGGUUCUUCAAGUUGAUUGUGGAAGUAAAGCUAAGGAAAGAGCUAGAGAAAUUCUCAAAAUUCAUGCAAAGACAUGGAGGAAUUCUCCUUGUAUACCUAAUAAUUUGUUGUCUUCAUAUCCAUUUUAGGAAUUAGGAUGAAAAAGAGCAAAAAAUGUUUAGGUAGAAAUAGAACAAAGGAAAAAGAACAAAAGUAGUGAAUUUAUUUAUUUGUACAUAAUUUAUAAUUAUUAAAAAAGUAGAAAAAAAAGGACAAAAUUGUCCAUGAAUUUAAUUGUUCAUACAUA